AUGUAUAAAUACGCAUUCCUCAGCAAAUACCUGAGUGCAGUCCGCCCACCACCACUCGCAGGUUUGUUAAGAUUCGAAAGCAACUCCGCGAAAAUCAGCAACUGCAGCUUUCCCGCUCGGACAUUAACGCAAACACUUUGCCUGCACACAAAUACUCAAAAUUUAUCCAGUAAACGCCGAUCCCAAAGCCAACAGAGAGAAAUGAAGUACGUCCUAGUCACCGGAGGAGUUGUCAGUGGGCUCGGCAAGGGCGUCACCGCUAGCAGCAUCGGCGUCGUCCUUAAAGCUUGCGGCCUUCGCGUCACUUCCAUCAAAAUAGGAGCAGCAAUCACUUUUAAUGGCCUGAUAUGUGUUGCAGAUCCUUACUUGAAUACUGAUGCUGGCACCAUGUCUCCUUUUGAACAUGGGGAGGUUUUUGUUCUUGACGAUGGCGGAGAGGUUGAUUUAGAUUUGGGUAACUACGAGCGGUUUCUGGAUGUGACACUAACAAAAGAUAAUAACAUUACCACUGGGAAGAUAUUUCAGUCUGUUAUCGAGAAGGAAAGGAAAGGUGAUUACCUUGGAAAGACCGUUCAGGUCGUUCCGCAUAUCACUGAUGCGAUUAAGGAUUGGAUUGAAUCUGUUGCGGCCAUUCCUGUAGAUGGAAAGGAAGGCCCUGCGGAUGUGUGUGUGAUUGAGUUGGGAGGUACAGUAGGUGACAUUGAAUCUAUGCCAUUUAUUGAGGCUUUGCGACAGCUGUCAUUUUCAGUUGGACAAGAUAACUUUUGUCUCGUUCAUGUGAGCCUGAUACCUGUGCUAGGCGUUGUUGGAGAGCAAAAAACUAAGCCUACACAACAUAGUGUUCGUGAAUUGAGAGCAUUAGGCUUGACUCCUCAUCUAUUGGCAUGUCGCUCUGCUCAGCCUUUAUUGGAAAAUACAAAGGAGAAACUUUCUCAGUUUUGCCAUGUUCCGGCUGCUAAUAUUCUCAAUAUUCACGAUGUUCCUAACGUUUGGCAUGUCCCUCUGUUACUUAGGAACCAAGAUGCUCAUGAUGCAAUUUUAAAACAGCUAAACUUACUCAGCAUGGCGAUGCCUCCUUCUUUACAAGAUUGGACCAUGAUGGCUGAGACUUGUGAUAACCUCACCAAUUCUGUGAGGAUUGCGAUGGUGGGGAAGUAUGUUGGCCUAACAGAUUCAUACCUGUCUGUUGUUAAGGCUCUCCUACAUGCUUGCAUCGCAUGUUCGUUGAAGCCAUCGAUUGAUUGGAUUGCAGCUUCCGAUCUUGAAGAAGACAGUGCAAAAUCGACACCAGAAGCUCAUGCUGCUGCUUGGGAGACUUUAAAGAAUGCAGAAUGUAUCUUAGUUCCUGGUGGAUUUGGAGAUCGUGGGGUGAGUGGAAUGAUAUUGGCUGCCAAGUAUGCUAGAGAGAACAAGAUUCCUUACCUUGGGAUUUGCUUGGGCAUGCAGAUUGCGGUUAUUGAGUUUGCUCGAUCUGUUUUGGGUUUGGAAAGGGCAGAUAGCAAUGAGUUUGAUACUAAUACACCUGAUCCUGUUGUAAUUUUCAUGCCUGAGGGUUCAAGGACACAUAUGGGAAGCACAAUGAGACUAGGAUCACGAAGGACGCUAUUCCAGACCCCCGAUUGUAUUACUGCAAAACUGUGCGGUAAUCCACAGUAUGUAGAGGAACGACAUCGGCAUAGAUAUGAGGUAAAUCCAGAGGUAAUUGAAAUUCUAGAGGAAAAUGGCUUAAAGUUUGUUGGGAAGGAUGAAACAGGAAAACGGAUGGAGAUUUUAGAGCUUCCAAGUCAUCCUUUUUAUGUAGGUGUGCAAUUUCACCCAGAGUUCAAAUCACGACCCAGAAGGCCAUCUGCUCUAUUUUUAGGUUUUAUAUUGGCAGCAACAGGAAAGUUGGAAGCGCAUCUCAAGAGUCACCAAAAUGGAAUCUAA